AUGAAUCGGGAUAAUAUGUAUUUGUUUAUGAACCACGUUUCUCAUCAUUUCACGCGGAAGAACAGAAAGGAAACCACUAGAGCCAGAAACCCACCGCAAGGAAGUUCUCCUCCUUGUUGCCGUCUGCAGAUCUCGCGCGUAAUAAUGACAACUUCAAGGCGCCUUGCAGAUCGGAAGGUGGAGAGGUUUGAAAAGAACAUUACAAAGAGAGGAGCAGUGCCUGAAACAACUACAAAGAAAGGAAAUGACUAUCCAGUUGGCCCAAUAGUACUUGGUUUCUUUGUCUUUGUUGUCAUCGGAUCUUCUUUAUUUCAGAUAAUCCGGACUGCAGCUAGUGGCGGCAUGGCAUGAACAGAGGAUACUCUCUCUCUCUCUCAAUGGAAAUUCAUAAUUGGCUGUAUUGGCCAGAGUGAUUUUCCUUCUGUUAGCUUUAAGUUAGGAACUCUUGGUGUCACAAGAGCUAUCAAAAUAUGUAUUCGUUGAUCGUUGGUUCUUCUGAGAGAACCUGAUAUAAUUUAAAAAGGGUCAUCUUUUGUCCUGCCAUAUUGGUAUGCUCUACGGAAUGGUUUGAUCCAACUUUUAUUUUUUCCUUUUUCUUUUGAUAUAUAAUUUUCUUAAUGUUA